CAACUCUUCUUCUCUCCGUAUUGUAAUAUAGCCCCGUGUGACGCCUCGUCUCUCGUUUCUUCAAUCCCCCAGCCUCCCCCCUCCACGGCUCCACCUUACAUCUUCCAUCCCCAAAAGCAAAAAAGAAGAGAAGCAGACCGCCCAGCAGCGCGUCCCCAUCCAUCUGUCCGUCCGUCCGUCCGUCCGUCAGUCCUUCUGUCCCCGACAAAAACCGCCGAGCCGAAAGUCCGACUCCCACCUACCACUCCUUUCCUUUCUCACCAACCUCUCCUAAACCCUCCUCAUCUCCCCUCCCCCUGCAGCCUACCCAAAACCCAACCAUCAUAACCACCUUCAUUUCUUUUCAAACGGUUGGUGGCAGACGCAGACGCAGACUCCGAAAAGCGAUGAAAAAGCUCUACCACGGGAAGGCCGGCCGUCGGGUCCACCCGUCCGCUCCCCCGCCGCCGCCGUCGGCGUCCCCAAAAUUUCUGAUUCAGCUGGCAGCCCUCCCCGCCGCCGUCCUGGCCCUGGCGGCCGCCCUCUCUCCCGAGGAGCAAGAAGUCCUCGCCUACCUCCUCUCCGGCGGCGGCGAAGGAGGAGGAGGAGGAAAAGGGCGGCGCCGCCGGCGCGGCGGAGGCGCCGUGCUCCACCCGCCGGAGCUGGGCUGCGGGUGCUUCGCCUGCUACAAGAGCUUCUGGGCGCGGUGGGACGCGUCGCCGAACCGCCACGUGAUCCACCGCAUCAUCGACGCCGUCGAGGAGCAGGCCCUCGAGCCCCGCCGCGGGCGCCGCCGCCGCGGGAAGUGCGGCAGCGCGCAGCAGCAGCAGCAGCCGCUGGAGGCGGCGGCUGCGGAGGAGGACGGCGUUGAGGAGACAGCGGCGGCGGCCGAGGAGAAGGGGAUUGCGAUCGCCGAUGAUGAGCACGAUGGCGACGAUGAUGGGGACGAUGAAGAUGACGACGAUGAUGCCGAUGAUGCCGAUGAAGAAGAAGAAGAAGAAGACGAAGAAGAAGAAGGAGAAGAAGGGGUUGGUGGGGGGCUUAGCAACGGUGAUGGUGAGAGCAAGAGCACGGUGAGGAAGUUUGUGAGUUUUAUUGUGGACAGGGUUUGGGGAAACUGAAAACCUAAAGCUGAUGAUGAUGAUGAUGAUGAUGAUGAUGGUAGAAGAUGGAAAUUAGAAUUGAAGUUUUUCCUGGUUUGGAGAUCAAGAAGGUCAGUUUCUUCUUCUUCUUCUUCUUCUUCUUCUUCUUUUUCCACCCACUUUAAUUUCUCUCCCUUGUUCUUUCUUUCUUUCUUUCUUUCUUUCUUUCUUUGGCUAAUUUUGGCAAGAAGAGGAGAGUUGCAAGUCGCAACUCCUUUCUCCUCUCUGUUGUGUAAUAUAUUUAGAUCCUGCUGGCUGAAAUUAGAGAAAUAAUUAAUUCAUGCCUACUUUUGCAAUCUAAGUUGCCUUUUUGAUCCUUGUAAAAAAAGGGGGGGGAUUGGAAAGCUUUUUCUAUCUAAUCUAAUUUUGGUGAGGAGAGUUGUAGCUCCUCUCUGUUUUUGUAAUAUAUUUUUCUGCUGGCUGAAAUAAGAAAAUUCAGGCCUACUUUGCUCCAA